AGGCGUCCGUCAAAGAAGGAAGUCGUUCUGCCAGUGUAGAGGGUUCGGGAAGCGGAAUCUGUAAGUGGCCUGGAGAUUCACCCCCUCUGCCAUCCCUGUGGGUUCGCAACUUUUAGAAGCCUCUCUCACCUUCCAGCCUGAUGUCCUGCGUUAAGUUAUGGCCCAGCGGUACCCCAGCCCCCCUGGUGCCCAUCAAGGAACUGGAGAACCCGAAAUUCGUUGGCAAAGGCGGAUUCGGUGCCGUCUUCCGGGCACAACACAAGACUUGGGGUUUAGAGGUGGCGGUCAAGAUCGUGAACUCGAAGGCGAUAUCCAGGGAAGUGAAGGCCAUGGCAAGUCUGCAUAACGAGCAUGUGCUGCUCCUCCUGGGGGUCACAGAGAAGCUGGAGUGGGACUACGUGUCUGGGCCGGCUCUGGUAACUCAAUUCAUGGAGAAUGGUUCCCUGGAGGAGCUGCUCCGGACCCGGUGCCCUCGGCCCUGGCCGUUCCUCUGCCGUGUGCUGCAGGAGUUGGUGCUCGGAAUGUGCUACCUACACAGCCAGAAUCCUGUGCUUCUACAUCGGGACCUCAAGCCCUCCAACGUCCUGUUGGACUCCGAGCUGCACGCCAAGCUGGCAGAUUUUGGCCUGUCCACAUUUCAGGGAGGCUCACAGUCAAGAGCAGGAUCUGGGGAGUCAGGGUGCACCCCAGCCUACUUGGCUCCAGAACUGUUGGCUGAUAUAAACCAGAAGGCCUCCAUGGCCAGUGAUGUCUACAGCUUUGGGAUCCUAAUGUGGGCAGUGCUGGCCGGAAGAGAAGCUGAGAUAGUGGAUCAGACAUCACUGGUGCGGGAAGCAGUGUGUGAGAGGCAGAUCCGGCCCCCACUGACUGAGCUGCCCCAGUCCAGCCCUGAGACUCCUGGCUUGGAAGGACUGAAGGAUUUAAUGCAGCACUGCUGGAGCCAUACGCCCAGGAACAGGCCCUCCUUCCAAGAAUGCAGACAGAACACCCAGAAAGCCCUCGACCUGGUAAAGAAAGGAGAUGUAUCUGGUACAAAGAUGAUUGCCGCAGUCUCCACGGUGAAGAAGUUCCUGUCUGAGCACAGGGGCAGCAACAAGUUGUCUGCCGGCGAACCAGGCCUGGAAAGUACAGAAAUGGAUGGCCCUGGGGGAACCACAGGAAGCCAUGAUUCCCUGGUCUCUGAAAUGAUGAACAGCCUGAAUCUGGAGGGUCACCCCAGCUCUGUUCCUGAAAAAUAUACAAACCUUCCUGAGAGAAGCAGUACCCAGAGAAAGCCAGUUCAGCAUACCUGGACUGCAGAUAUGUCUUCAGAUUCAACAGCCCGAACUCCUCAAACUCCAGAGACCUCAUCUUUCAGAAACCAGAAGCCCAGCCCCAGUUCAGGUUGGACCCCAGGUCCUGGACCCCAAGGGAAUCAGGGGGCUGAUAGUCCUGGCACCAACUGGCUACCCAGAGCUCCAGGGCCAGAUCUGAUACCAGGGCCAUGGUCUUUUACCAUACUUGACAGCCAAGGAGUACAGAUCGGAUACAACAACUACAUGACUAUACAAGGAAGACCUACCUCGUUCAUGCAGGGCCUGGCACCUCGGGGCACAGAUAGGGGCCCCCAGCAUGGCCCCCAAACAGCAGGUUCAAAAGAAGGGCCACAAGAACCUGAAGCCUGGAGUUAGCCACAGAGCUGGAAUCAUAACAGCGGGAAUUGAAGCAGCUUCUAAACUGCCUCCUGGACUUGAGGCAGCUAGCCGAGACUUUCUCUGAGGGCCAUCAGGCCUGUACCUGAACUGUCUUUGUGUCCCUAAAGGUCAAUAAAGAUCGUGGAAUUUUAACCAAA